AUGGCAGCUCCAGGCGGCGGCGGCGCGUACUCCUUCUCUCUUACAACCUUCUCUCCCUCUGGCAAACUCGUGCAGAUCGAGCAUGCUCUUGCUGCUGUUGCUGGCGGUACCACCUCUCUCGGUAUCAAAGCCACCAACGGUGUAGUUAUUGCGACCGAGAAGAAGGCCCCCUCCGUUCUUCUCGACACCUCUGCGCUCGAAAAGGUCGCUCCCAUAUGCCCGAAUAUCGGCUUUGUAUACUCUGGAAUGGGCCCCGAUUUCCGUGUCCUCGUCGCCAAAGCCAGAAAGAUUGCGCAGGCGUAUUGGAAGGUCUAUGGAGAGUAUCCCCCGACGAAGGUGUUGGUGCAGGAAGUCGCGGCUGUCAUGCAGAAAGCGACCCAGUCUGGUGGCGUGAGGCCCUACGGUAUCUCUGUUCUAAUUGCUGGAUGGGACGCCCACCGUGGCCAGUCUUUGUGGCAGAUCGACCCCUCGGGCUCUUACUGGGCGUGGAAGGCGAGCGCAAUUGGCAAGAACAUGGUCAACGGCAAAACAUUCUUGGAGAAGCGAUACAACGACGACCUUUCCCUCGAAGAUGCCAUCCACACCGCCCUCCUCACCCUCAAAGAAGGCUUUGAAGGCCAAAUGACUGAGCAAACCAUCGAAAUCGGUGUCGUUACCGUCCCCACUAUCGAACAGAUGCAAGAGAAGCCGGGAGAGAGAUUGCCUCCUACGUUUAGAAAGUUGACAGAACAAGAAGUGAGGGACUACCUUUCGUUGUAG